UGUGUUUAAAUGGUUUUUCAUUCAAAGUAUUAUUUUUUAGAUAAACCAGCUAUAAUCACAAACUUCUCUUGUAUAUCUUACAAUUGGGUAAGUUUGAAAUGCAAUUGGACCAAACCAGAAAACCCAAUUAGAACGACAUAUAAGUUAUUCUUUAAAUUACCCGGUUAUGCUGGAGACAGAACUAUUAUAAGUUGUCCUAAUGAUGCAGAUUCCAGAGAAAAUAAUUGUUGUUGGGAUUUAUCUACAAUACCAAUGUAUAGACAACCAUACGAAUAUUACUACUUUACAUUAAUUGGGGAUAACGAAUUGGGAAAUUCAACUACAAUUAUUCGUUUUCAUCACUACGCUAAUGUUAUCCCAGCGAGCCCUAUUAAUAUCACAGUGGUGGACACAACACAAUCUAGUGCCUUGCUAAAGUGGUCUGUAGGUGCUAUGACAACUUUUCCACGAGAACUAAAUCAUAAGAUCGAAUAUAAAUCUCAGUGGGAUUCCAAUCCUGAACAUUGGCAUUCUGUAAAUGUGAGUGACUUUUGUAGUUCGCCAUCAACUUCCAAUCAAACCUAUUCUUAUUCGGAUUGUCGAGAACGUGACACUGGAUUUUAUUAUUUCAAUGUAACUGAUUUAAGAUACCCGUUCACGCAUUACGAUUUUCGAAUAUAUGUACGUUCUUCAGUUGCUCGUGGAGAGGAUAAAUGGUCUCCUCCCGGUUGCAUAACUUUGAAAACUAAUCCUUCAAUACCUAGAAGACCUCCACGAACUGAUGUUGGAAGCUUUGAGUGUGUUACUUCGCCAGUGGACAAAUCCAAAAGAGACGUGUUCAUUUACUGGCAAAAUAUUGAAGACAACGAGAAAUGUGGCGAUUCAUUUGAGUAUCGUGCUUACUUCACUUCUACAACUACAGAUAACAAAACCAUUAUUCACCGCAGUAAUGAAACAUAUUCGAAUUAUGCCAAGUUUGAAGGACUCAGUACUGACAUUGCGUACAAUUUUACAGUGUUUUCAUCGAAUAAAGAAGGUUCAUCAAUCGAGUAUUCAACAAUUUUUGUUCCCAUUGAAUCCGAAAAAAUUGACUAACCGCUAUCAUUUACAAAAAUCGCAUUUGAUGAACGAGGUGUAUUUGAACUUUCGUGGAAAAAUGCCAGUAGUCAAACAAUAUUAGCACCUA